CAAGCCCCCCGAGGGGGCCUCCGCCGCGCCCUCCGCCGACCCGCGCGGGCUCCCGAGGCCCCUCCGGGGAUGCCCGACGGCGGCGCGGGCCAGAGCCCCCGGCGGGUCCGGGGCCAGAGGCCGGCGAACCUCAGCAUCCACGUCCCCGAGAGGCAGCCCCUCGCGGCCAAGCCGUGCGCCGCCUGGACGGCGGACGUGCCCACGCCAUCCACCGCUGGCCCGCUCGGCACGCGCCGCACGUCGGCGGACGUGGCCACGCCGUCCACCGCCCCCCUCAGCGGGUGCGCCGGCGCCUCCGGGGACGACCCGCGGGCCCGGGCCUUCGAGGGGGCCAGCUCGCCGCCGCGCCGGGACUCCGACUCGGACCUGACGCCGUUGCCGUCGGACCUGACGCUGCAGCCCUCGAGCAGGCGGAACAGGUACAUCGGUGGCAGGGCCUCGCGGGAGGAACUGGGCGCGUUGCGGCGGCUUUGCGACGCGCUCCCGGCCGCGCCGGGCGGCGGCGCCAGCGCCGGGGCGGGCGACAGCUCGGGCCCAGGGAGCCCCACGACGCCCAGCCAGAGCGAGUCGCUGUCCCCCGAGGGCCUCCGGAUGUCCGCGCGGUUCUGCUCGGUGCUGUCCCGGCAGUACGACAUCCAUGAGUUGCUCGGUAGCGGCUCCUCGAGCCUGGUGUACCGUUGCACGAGGC